GGGCGUCUCCUCUCCUCCUCGUCCUGUUCCCUCCCCUCAUCUCCUCCGGUCCCCUCCCCUCUUUCCCUUCCCAUCCUAGCUCCCUCUCUCUUCCCCCCGGGGCGGGAGAAGCCCGUGUUUGGUUCUCAGAUCCUUUGGGAAGAGUCACAAAGCGUUUUCCUCAGAGAGGAGCGGAGUGGCCGAGAGCUCGGGAGUUAUCCGCAGGAAGCAAGCGCUGCUCGGGACGCCGCAGACCCCACGACACGUCCCGGAUCACUGGGCUGAGGGAGAACGAGAGAAAGCAAAGAGCGAAAAGAGGAAGAAAGAAGUGUCGGAUGAUGAUGACAUCUGAUCUGGGUGAUAGCUGAUCUCUCUUUUCUGUCUGACAGCCUCAACUGUGGAUCUCCAGGCGCGCCAGGAGUGACUUUUUAACACCUUUUCACACCGGCUCAGUCCACAUCCUGCGCGUCCUGCUGGCAAUUUAAAUCCGCUUUUUUAAAAGUGAUUGUGCAUUUUGGAUCCUACUAUUCCGGUAUGAUUGGUUUUAGCACACACUCAUCGGGACUAGAAUUAGAGGAAUAAACCAAAAAAAUCUCUGGCGCUUCGCACGCAGCAGCCGCAGCAAAGAGCGCACCCACGUUGCUCCUCUUGAAUCAGAGUGAAGGAUCUACAGGAGAACAAGUGCACAGCUCAGGCAAGGGGAGAGACCGAGAAACAGAAGGACAGGCAGAGAUAUACGGAGGUUUGUUAAUGUUUGGAAUCCAAGAGAGCAUCCAGAGAAGCGGCAGCAGCCUGAAGGAGGAGCCGCUGGGAGGCAUGAACACUGUCCGGAGCUGGAUGCAGGGGGGCGGCGUGCUGGACGCCAACACGGCCGCCCAAAGUGGAGUGGGUCUGGCCCGGGCUCACUUUGAGAAGCAGCCGCCCUCCAACCUGCGCAAGUCCAACUUCUUCCACUUCGUCCUGGCUCUGUACGACCGGCAGGGUCAGCCGGUGGAGAUCGAGAGGACUAACUUCGUGGACUUCAUCGAGAAGGAGAAGGAGACGAGCGGAGAGAAGACCAAUAACGGGAUUCAUUACCGGCUGCAGCUUCUUUACAGUAACGGCAUCAGAACAGAGCAGGACUUUUAUGUUCGACUCAUAGACUCCAUGACUAAACAGGCGAUUGUUUAUGAAGGCCAAGACAAGAACCCAGAGAUGUGCAGAGUGUUGCUGACACAUGAGAUCAUGUGCAGUCGGUGCUGUGACAAGAAGAGCUGCGGAAACCGUAAUGAGACACCCUCAGACCCUGUUAUCAUCGACAGAUUCUUCCUUAAGUUUUUCCUUAAGUGCAACCAGAACUGUCUAAAGAAUGCAGGAAACCCAAGAGACAUGAGGAGGUUCCAGGUGGUGGUAUCGACUACGGUGAGCGUGGAGGGACACGUUCUGUCCGUCUCCGACAACAUGUUCGUCCACAACAACUCCAAACAUGGCCGACGGGCCCGCAGGCUCGACCCGGUGGAAGGAACGCCGUCUUACCUAGAACACGGAGCAGCUCCCUGCAUUAAAGCCAUCAGUCCCAGCGAGGGGUGGACUACGGGGGGCGCUACAGUCAUCAUCAUAGGAGACAACUUCUUCGAUGGUCUCCAAGUCAUCUUUGGUACCAUGCUGGUUUGGAGCGAGCUGAUCACGCCGCAUGCCAUCCGGGUGCAGACGCCUCCCAGACACAUCCCCGGGGUCGUUGAGGUCACUCUUUCUUACAAGUCCAAACAGUUCUGCAAAGGCACACCAGGACGGUUCAUAUACACAGCACUGAAUGAGCCAACCAUUGACUACGGUUUCCAGAGGCUUCAGAAGGUCAUCCCUCGGCACCCUGGGGACCCCGAGAGGCUGCCAAAGGAGGUAAUUUUGAAGAGAGCAGCCGACCUGGUAGAAGCCCUCUAUGGUUUGCCCCAUAAUAACCAGGAAAUCAUCCUGAAGCGUGCAGCGGACAUUGCAGAAGCUCUCUACAGCGUUCCACGAGGACACACCCAGCUCUCCGGCUCCACCCACAGCGGCAUGAUGGGGGUCAACUCCUUCACCGGGCAGCUGUCCGUCAAUGUCUCCGAACCCACACAGGCCAAUCAGGGUUUUGUGCGCAGCAGCAGUAGUGUGUCACCUCAUGGUUACGUGCCCAGCUCAACGCCUCAGCAGACCAGUUACACCUCAGUUACCAGCACCAUGAACGGCUACGCUAACAACACUGGCAUGACCAACCUGGGAGGCUCGCCCACUUUCCUCAAUGGCUCUGCAGCCAACUCGCCUUAUGCUAUUGUUCCAUCCAGUCCCACUAUGGCCUCUUCCACCUCUCUCCCCUCCAACUGCUCCGCCUCUUCUGGUGUCUUCUCCUUCUCUCCGGCCAACAUGGUGUCGGCGGCCGUUAAGCAGAAGUCUGCCUUCGCUCCAGUGGUCAGGCCCUCUUCUUCCCCUCCGCCCUCCUGUACUAGUGCCAACGGCAACGGGCUCCAAGAUCAAACAUUUGUGGACUCUAGCAAGUACUCAACAGCCAGCUCUCUACAAGGCCUGGCCUUCACCUGAACAAUUCCGGGAAUGAUCGUCCCACCCAUGUAAAGGUGUGAGUGCAUGACUCUGUGUGUGUUAGUAUGUGUGUGUGUGUGUGUGUGUGUGUGUGUGUGUGUGUGUGUGUGUGUGUGUGUGUGUGUGUGUGUGCGAGAUGAAUCAAGCACACUCACACCGAUCCUGGCGGAGGAUUUUGGUGCGAGUCAGACUCCGGUCGGGGAUGGAAGCAGCUGUCCCGAUCUGAAGGAACAAACCCAACUCAGGCCCUUUCUAACACAAAAACAACUGCAAGAAAACAGACAAAAAACUAAAAAACAAAGACUGUUUGUGAGGAAAUAAGUUGUUUAGACUUUGUACACCUUGAUGCUUUUAUAGGAGAACGGCCACGCCUACAUUAUGACUCUCCACGGACACAGGAAGUGUAUUUAUUUUGGAGAGAAUCCACUUUUUCCCUUGAGUGAUUGUUGAUUUGUUUUUUCUUUUGUGCAACAGUUAACGUGUGAUAAUCAUCUUCUAAUUUUAUCUCACAUGAGGGAUUUUCUAUUUAUGAAGUUUGAUCAUUAAUGAAGGAAUAUAAUGUGAAGAAUACCUGACGAUGAUGAUGGUGACGAUGAGUAAAAGCGAUGACGAUUAAGAAGAGGCAGUAGGAUUCGUACAGGGUCAAAUCCAGCCGACACAGACAAGCCAAACCAGACGCACACACAAACACUUUCACUUCUCCUUGCCAAAUCGACACAGCUCUCUUUCAGCUCAAACACUCAUCUUCCUCUGCAUUUAAUCGAUCUGUCGAAGAAUUCAGAUGCUUUCCCGCCUGCGAAUGAUGCUGCAGCUUUAGCCAUUUUGAAAAUAAGUAAUGUUUACUUUGAGCUCACUUCAAAUGCAUCUGCAUGCUGCUCCAGUGUGCUACAUUUUCUAGAAAGAGAAAAUCUGUCUUUCAGCCAACAGAAGGUGUAGAGAGUCUUUGGACAAGCAAAAUAAACCUGUUUCCACCGUGCAAAAUUCAGCAGAGAAAUUAGACUUGCUGCAGUGCUAAUUCAAAAUAGAUUUGAUGAGCUAACUGUAAAGUAAAAAAAAAAAAAAAAAGGCCAUAAAUAAGUUCAGCUUCUUUACCACAGAGGAGUGUGUGAUUACUGGGUGCCAACAGCAGCUUCACUGUUGAGGAUUUGACCCAACAACUCUGCCACCGAGUCCAUCCAUCAGCCCUUUUACCACAUGAUCAGUUAGAAAGUUGGACACAGCUACAGCAAUCUCUAUAAGAGGGGGGACAUGUCUUAACGACUGCUGCCAUUUUGACUUUGAUUUUGCGUGAGAGUUCCCAUCUCAAAUUGUUGUCUUAAUACAUAAAUCAUUAUUUCUGUUUUGUUUUUUCUUUUGGUUUGCUGUGUUGUUGAUAUUUUUACUGUGAUUAGCCGGCCAAUCAGAUUGUGUUUCUUUUUGUUCCCUGCCCACUUAUCUGAUGUGAUUGACAGCUUGAGUGAGGCAAUUAUCCAAUGGUGUGUCUUAAAAUUCUGCGCUGCAAAGAAUGCCAAGUCAUUAAACCGUCAGCAACAGUAAGUCUUAUUUUGUGAAAACAUCUGCCACUGAGGUACACUUUUUUUCAAAUCUACCCUUAAGUUCAGCCCAUUUUUUUAUAUAUAUUGCAGCUGUAUUUUAAAUUAUAUAAUUUAAGCAUGCUUGCAUCCCAUUUUGCACUUGUUUUCUUAAGAGGAAAAGAUGAACUUUCCAUGUCCUGUAAAAGACAUUUUUUGCAGUGCAGGACAAUUAGCCAGCGACAUGUCUUAAAUGCCCCUGUGUGCAAGAAUGAGAAAAGUAGCUGAUAGUUUGUUGUGAAAGUCACUGCUCCUUCAGCCCUGCAGUCUGUAUGUGUGUGUGUGUGUGUGUGUGUGUGUGUGUGUGUGUGUGUGUGUGUGUGUGUGUGUGUGUGUGUGUGUGUGUGUGUGUGUGUGUGUGUGGUUCAACAGUCUUAAUUCAUUUAUGAUGACGUUAAUUUUGCCAAAGCCCUUAUUUGAGACAUUAAUGCCUGAACAGUCUUACGCCACAGUUUCUAUGCUACUUGUGUUUUCUUGUCACACACGUGUGAGAAUGCCAUACAAUGUACACCUGUCAGACCUGCUCUAGGUAGUGUUCACAAAUUCAUCUUUAUUGUUUCAGGUUGAUGACAUUUGCCACAAAUAUACAUUUUAAAGUGAAUCUGGAUUCUUAACUGGACAGAAAUCAAUGUGCUGUUACAGUGAAUUCCUCCCAUUUGAGCAAAUCAUUUGUAACUCGUGCCUGUAGAGAUCUAGACCUCCAGCUGCCUGGAUGUUGGUGCUCAAUAAAAACGGAAAGGAAAUACAUCAACAUUUCAAAUGAAAAUAAGUGAGUGAAAGCUACCUCCUCAGCCAGAAGACUAAAGGUCCGUCAUUAAAGCAGUAAUCUAAAAUUGGGAUGAACAAUUAUGGACAUUAUCAAGAAUUUGAUUCAGGUGUCCUCAUUUGCUCUGUGUCUCAUGUGUAAGGAUUUGAAUGUUAUCAAGACAUCUAUUUUGUUUUUGUAUUAUAGUGUCUGUUCAUUAAAAGCCAUACUUCCACUGCUAAUUUCAAUCAAACUAAAAUAAGCCAUGGUGUAUUUCAUCAUUUGUAAGUUAAGGAAGCAGGAGGAUGUUUUUUUUUUUUUUUUUUUUUCAUAUUUCAUUUUGUCACAAUGUUGUUCGUAUCAUUGUUGUUAAAUAAUUUUGUUGCAUUAUCUAGAUGUAGAGUACAUUACAAUUAUCUGUGUUUGUCUUCCAUGUGAUGGAUUUUAAGAUGGAACAGAGUUGCUUAAUGAAGGCUAAAGGGAUGUUAGAAAAAUCUCUUUUCCUCUCUCCUUCCUCCUGCAGCCACUUCUCCUGCCUCAGUCAGGUUUUCUGUCCUCUCUCUCAUUCCCCUCCCCCCACCUUGUUUUGAUUGUGCUUUUAAUAUUCUGUAUGUUUGCCCCCUUUUUUUUUUUCUUUCCCUCACUUUUUCUUUUUUUUUUAAAUGAGCCACCUAUUUAUUUUAUCUCAAACAUGGGUCUGGAGACCACUCUGCUGUUAGUGUCUACAUGUGAGAGUGCCUGCGAGUGUGUGUGUAAAAGAAAAAUGUGAUGUUUUAAAGCUAAGGGAAGUUUUUUUUAUAGUACAUAUAUAAAUACCUGUACAGGAAGGAGUAAAUAGAGGGUUUGGUUAAAAGAAGUAUGAUCCGAAGCACUCGUCCAACAACAGUAAUAACAUUUAUCAUGGCUUGUCUGCGUUCAGGCUUACAGUGGUGGUCAUCAUUCAUACACAUUAUCAGCAGUGUGGAGGGGAAAGAGUACAGAGGAAACUACUGUAAAGAUGAUAAUGUUCAUUUUUUUUAUUUUAAACUUUGAAGUGUAAAAUAACUUUUUGACUCUCACUAUAUUUAAUUAAAGUUCUCUCUUCUCUGUGAAAA